AUGGUCGAGGUGCACCCUCCUCGGCUGGAGCUGACUCAAGUCGAGGAGGGGAUCAAGUACGUGCUCGCGGUAGCUGUUCGCAACACGUCUGUUCGACGCUGCCGCGUGCGCAUCGUGCCGCCGUGCUCGGCAACACUGCGGCUCUCAUCGGCAAGCGAUGUGGACCUGGCCCCCGGGCUGGAGCUCCGUGCUGAGCUGGCAUACUUAACCGACGUGGUCGAGCCGCUCGACGACAGGUUGAUAGUGCAGGCCAGCCACCGUGACGAUGGCGCGCCGUCGCUGAUAACGGUGCCCAUUGAAGUGCGCCCUCGCUGCGCCGUCAUACGGUGCGCCGUGGCAGACAUUGAUUUUGGGGCGGUGGCGCAAGGCGCGCCAACGGUGCGGCCAUUGGAACUGCGCAAUGUGGGAUCGCUGCCAGGGGUCGUGAGCCUGAGUGAGCUGCUCGGCCCAGGAGGUCAGCCGAUGAGGGAAGGAGGGACGCCUCCCUUCCGGCUGCUGCCCGCUCGGCUCGAGGUUGCGGCCGGUGGCAGUGCGACUGCAAGGGUGGAGUGCAGCGCGGCCGAGCUUGGUGAGGCGAGCUGCACGCUGCGCCUUCGAGUCGACGACGAGCGCGAGCAUGCCCCGGCCGCGCCUGCAGUCGGGCUGUGUGCAGUUGUUGAGCGGCAGGCGCUGGAGCUGCGCGACAGUGAAAGUGGCGAACCCCUGACUGCCGUCUCGUUUGGCCGGCUCUUUUAUGGACUGGAGGCUCGGCGCGUCAUCACGGCCGUCAACACGGGGCCGUCUGCCGUCGACUUUGCAUUUCUCAACCCGAGCGCGGACGCAGACGCUGACGAGACGGGGACAUUCGACCCGCACGCAGCGUCGCUCUCGAUUGAGCCCGCAAUGGGCCUGCUGCCGCCGCACGGGACGUGCACUAUCGAGGCCAUCUUCCGGCCGACGCGCGAACCAAACGCCUCGAGCGACGCCAAGGGCUUCUUGGCCUCGCCAGAGACCGAGCCUGACGACGGCCAGGCUCUGGCAAUCGAGCUUCAGCUGGAGUCUGUCGAGACGGGGCAGGCGUUGGCGCUCCGUUUGACUGGCGAGGGUGUCGUCCCGCGCCUCUCGCUGAGCGAGGGCACGCUUGUCUUCGGUGACGUCCCGCAGUACGACUACCUGGACCGGCAGGUCACGCUGCGCAAUCAGUCUACUUUGCCCAUGGACUGGUCGCUAAGUCAGCCAGCCCACUUUUCUCUCACGCCCUCCUCGGGCUCGCUACCUGCACAUGGCGAGGCGGAGGUAUACGUCCGCUUCUCGCCGCACCAGCUCGGAGAGCUCAAGGCGAAUGCCCGCCUGCGUGGCUUCGGCGGCGCCGUCUGCGAGCUGCCACUCAAGCUGUGGGGCGGCUGCGCGCUUCCUCGUCGGCGCGUGCUCGAGGGAGGUGUCGACACGCUACCUGAGGACUUCGAGCGGCCGCCGCGGCUCGUAUCGGGCGGCACAUCCUCGCGGCCAGAGUGGUCGCGGCCGGCGCUGUGGGAGUCGACACGACGGAUCGAGGAGUCGGCCACACAGCUGCACCGCCUUACCGACGGCAGCUUGCGGGCUUCGAGACGACGCGUCUCGCUUCGCGCACGCGCCGACGACGACGCGCUCGACCGGAUCGACCAGAUGGACACGGGCCUCGAGCUCACGUCGGCGGAGCAGCUCGAGCGCACGCAGCACAAGCAGGUCUACGCGACCUUCAUAGCGCGGAGCCGCGAGGAGCGCGAGGCGGCACGGCGGGCGCGCCGUUCGGGCAUCGAUCCGGCCGAGCUCGCAUUCGGGGUCUCUCUGGGGCUUGACCCCUUCUCCGGCCUAAACGCGCCGUGGCCCGAAAUUGAUGCGCCGCGCGAGCCGCUAUGGCUGGAGCGGCCGUACGCGGCGCCGGGCUCGCAGGCGACGGAGGCAGGCAUGCGCCGGCCUGCAAUCUUUGACCAACUCACACUUGCGCCACGCAAGUUCAAAGAGGUUCCCGAAAGCGCCGAGGAGAUUCGUGAGUGCAAGCAGCCGCUCGGCCCAAAGGAGCUGCUCUCCGUGGCCUGCGGCCCAAAGACGCUGGACUUCGGCACGGUCUCCGCCUUCACGACGGUGUCUCGAAACUUCAGCGUUGUGAGCGGCCUGAACGCCUCGGUCCUCGUGGAGGUCAAGGCUGGCGACGAGCCCGAGCUCGAAACGUCUUGGCCACCAUCGCAGGUGGUUCCGCCAGAGGCGACUGCCGGCUUCGACAUCACUUUCCGCUGCGGGGAACCGUGCACGUACCGCCGGACGGUUGCCUACGUGAUCAACGGCAUCCACGCGUUCCGAAUGACGGUGACCGCGCAGGUCGUACCGCUCGAGCUGCACCUCGUCAAUGCACGUGGCACGCCGCUCGAGGAGCUCGAGUUUUCCUUCGGAGCCGGCGACGCCGCAUCCAGUUGCUCGCAGUCACUCGUCUUGCAGAAUCGCGGCACGCACCCGGCUACCUUCCGCUGGGGCCACCCGCGCGACUUCACUGGCAGGUCCCCGUACUCGGUCGAGCCGAGCGAGGGGGUCGUUCCACCCAAGGGUCGCCUUCCGCUCAGCGUCGAGUUCGAGCCCCAGCUCGGCUGCCACCCGGAGCACGCGCUCGUUUGCUCGGUGGAGAACGGGCUGUCGACGACACUGCUCUGCCGUGCUCCGGGGCUCGUGGAAGCUCGGCUGGCACCGGUCGAGAAGACUAUUGCCUUCGGCACCAUUGCCAUCGGAACGGCGCAACAGCGGGUGACAGUGCUGAAGAAUGCCGGGCAAAGCCCGGCCGCAUUCAGCUUCAGGCCCGAGAGCCUCCCCGUGGGCGUGAGACUCGAGCCGAUGAGUGGCGUCGUGCCGGCGGGCGACGUGCUCGAGGUGGCUGUAGACGCGCUCAUUGAGGCACCAGCUAGAAUCGAGGCCACGAUCGAGGCACUUGUUCGGUACGGAAAGCGGGUCCAGCUGCCCCUCUCGCUCGAGGCCAUCGCACCGGCUGUGCGGCUCCUCGAGGAGCACCUCGAGUUCGGACCUGUCAUCGUCGGCUCGUCGGCGCACAUGCCAGUCUCGCUGUCAAACGACUCCCCAGUACCUGCUGUGAUCUGGUGCGACCUGAGCGCUUUCCCUGGCUUCGAGCUAAAGCUGCGCGCGCAGCAGGAGGCCGAGGCCAUGCGCGCAGAGAUGGAUGCUGCAGAGGUCUCGACGACUGUGACGGGCGUCACCGGCAUGCAGGACGAUGAUGAGGACGCGCCACUGCAGCUCAUCGCCAAACGGCCCGACUCUGCCGCGGGGGGAGAGAACGGCGGAGGCGAGGCGGACGGCGCCUCUUCCGUCGGUGGGGUAGACCAACGGCUUUAUCGAAUAACCGUGCCCCCUGCGUUGGGCGCGGCAGAGGCCGCCGCUGCCACGCCACGGACGGUGCUGGCCGGCGCUGUGGCAGGGGGCGGGUCGCCUACGCCUGGGGAGCUCAAGCUCUCGCUGAGCUUCGAGCCAAAGGCAGUGGGCCGUGUCGAGUUCGGGUUGCCGUUGGAGCUGAGUGGCGCCGAGGACCCAGAGGCGGAGGACGUGAUCACCAUCGCGGCGGCCAUCAACAAGCCGGCGGCGGUCUCCUUCACGCUCGAGAAUGUGGUGAAGGCGGAUGCGCCGUUCAGCGCCUUCUUCACCGGCGACUCGCCCGCUAAGUUUGCUGUGAGCCCUGCCGCGGGGGUCCUGAGCGGCAACGUCGGCACCACUUUCACCGUCACAUACUCGCCCGACAGCUACGGGAAGCCGCUGCGCGGCUCCCUGGUGAUCGACACGGAGGACGUGCGGUGGAUUUACGAGGUGCGGGGGACGCUCCCGGUCUACAACCCUCCGGUCGCGCGACCGCCGCCGUCUGGAGACGCCCGGUUAGGCCCGUCGGGUUCGCACAAAAGGGUGAGCGAGUAG